CCCGGCCACGCCCCCUCGCGGGUGGGCGGGGCCAGAUAGGCCCAGCGCAUGCCUGGAGUCUGACAGACUGUGAGUGGCGGCCGGGCGGCUCGAGUCCGAGGGUCCACAACGCGAGUCAACAUGGCCGCAGCGUUUAGGAGAAGCUGCGGGGUCCUGAGAAGUAUUAUUUCUCAUUUUGACUGGAGAUCACAGCAUACAAAAGCUCAUCAAAAACGAGAACCAGGAUUAGGAUUUAGUUUUGAGUUCACUGAACAACAGAAAGAAUUUCAAGCUACUGCUCGUAAAUUUGCCAGGGAGGAAAUAAUCCCGGUUGCUGCAGAAUAUGAUAAAACUGGUGAAUACCCUUUCCCCCUAAUUAAAAGAGCCUGGGAACUUGGUUUAAUCAAUACACACAUUCCCGAGAGUUGUGGAGGACUUGGACUUGGAACUUUUGAUGCUUGUUUAAUAACUGAAGAAUUGGCUUAUGGAUGCACAGGGGUUCAGACUGCUAUUGAAGCAAACUCUUUGGGGCAAAUGCCUAUUAUUAUUGCUGGAAAUGAUCAACAAAAAAAGAAGUAUUUGGGGAGGAUGACUGAGGAGCCAAUGAUGUGUGCUUACUGUGUAACAGAACCAGGAGCAGGCUCUGAUGUAGCUGGUAUAAAGACCAGAGCAGAAAAGAAAGGAAAUGAGUAUAUUAUUAAUGGUCAGAAGAUGUGGAUAACCAACGGAGGAAAAGCUAAUUGGUAUUUUUUAUUGGCACGUUCUGAUCCAGAUCCGAAAGCUCCUGCUAAUAAAGCUUUUACUGGAUUUAUUGUGGAAGCAGAUACCCCAGGAGUGCAGAUUGGAAAAAAGGAGUUAAACAUGGGCCAGCGAUGUUCAGAUACAAGAGGAAUUGUCUUUGAAGAUGUGAAAGUACCUAAAGAAAAUGUUUUAAUUGGUGAAGGAGCUGGUUUCAAAAUUGCAAUGGGAGCUUUUGAUAAAACCAGACCAACAGUAGCAGCUGGUGCUGUUGGAUUAGGACAAAGAGCUUUGGAUGAAGCUACCAAGUAUGCCCUGGAGAGGAAAACUUUUGGAAAGCUGCUUGUAGAGCACCAAGGAGUAGCAUUUUUGCUGGCAGAAAUGGCAAUGAAAGUUGAACUAGCUAGAUUAAGUUACCAGAGAGCAGCUUGGGAGGUUGAUUCUGGUCGCCGAAAUACCUAUUAUGCCUCUAUUGCAAAGGCAUUUGCUGGAGAUAUUGCAAAUCAAUUAGCCACGGAUGCUGUGCAGAUUUUUGGAGGCUAUGGAUUUAAUACAGAAUAUCCUGUAGAAAAACUAAUGAGGGAUGCCAAGAUCUAUCAGAUUUAUGAAGGUACUGCCCAAAUUCAAAGGCUUAUUAUAGCUCGUGAACAUGUUAGCAGGUAUAAAAAUUAAAAGAGACCUCUACAGAAACGUGGUUGAUCGUUGAAUAAUUAGAAUACAAUCUACUGUUUAUGUUUCAGAAAAGAGAAAAGGCUUUAAAAUAAGUAUUCUUAUAUAAAUCUAUACCAUUGAUUCUAAUGUUAGUUUGCACUUUUGUUUAACAACUCUAUGAUUUCCCUUUUUUUCAGAUAGAUUUGGUUUCAUUACAAUUAUGUGUUGUCAUAAUGUUGUGAUGGUGCACACCUACAAUUCAAGCUACUUAAGAGGCUGAGGCAAGAGGAUCAUAAGUUUGAGGCCAGCCUCGGCAACUUAGUGAUUUAAAUUAAAUAUUUAAAUUAAAGAAAAAAAUUUAAAAGGGUUGGGAAUGUAGAUUUUUUCUUUCCUUGCCUACCAUGUGUGAGGCCCUGGGUUCAGUCCCCAGUAUUGUGGGUCCUUUAGUAUUAUUGUACUUGAAUUAUAUUAGCCAAGAAAAUUACAUUUGUAAUUUGAUGCCUUAAAGAAGCAGAAAUACCUUGGAAUUUUAUUAUUUUCCAUGAUAUAAAAUUGAGCCUAUGAAUUCAAAUAUGCCAAAAUUUACAUUGAGAAAAUAUUAUAGGAUCUGGAUAACAUCAAACAACUUGCUAGCAACUUUGUAGAUUUAAUGGUAUUAUGUAUUAAAAGUGUUUACAAUUUGAAAAAAAAAAAAGUGUUUACAAUUUGAAAUGCACUUGCCUUCAUUUCUGCACAAUAAUAGCCAAAAUUUCAAUAUUCAUAUUUGCUCAUUAUACAACUAUGAGAAAUUUCUUGAAAAUCUUUUUAAUACUUGCCUUAUUUAAAUCAAUAAAAUUUGCCCUACAUUAUUUUUAUAUGACUGUUGAACUCUAGGUAACCUUUUGUUUAUCAUGUACAAUCUUAUUCAUGUAUAUGCAUUUUGAAGGGGAACUUAAAUAAAAUCAUCUGUUUAGUGCUUAAUAA